GCCCUUCAUUAUCCAUCAAAUCAUCAGAAAUGGCUACGAUUUUGUUUCUAUCACUUCUCUUUCUCUCUUGUAUUCUUCUAGCCGCCUUCACGCACAAGAAGCGGCAGCAACAUCAACGGAAACCACCGUCUCCUCCUGGUUUCCCGAUAAUCGGAAACUUGCAUCAGCUCGGAGAAUUACCACAUCAAUCUCUAUGGAGACUCUCCAAAAAGUAUGGUCAUGUAAUGCUUUUGAAGUUUGGAAGUAUCCCAACGGUCGUAGUUUCUUCCUCUGAAACUGCAAAGCAAGUUCUGAAAAUCCAUGACCUACAUUGUUGUAGCCGUCCAAGCUUAGCAGGACCAAGAGCGCUCUCUUACAAUUAUCUGGACAUUGCUUUCUCUCCUUUUGAUGAUUACUGGAAAGAAUUAAGGAGGAUAUGUGUGCAAGAACUCUUCAGUGUUAAACGAGUUCAAUCUUUUCAACCUAUCAAGGAAGAUGAAGUCAAGAAACUUAUCGAUUCAGUCUCAGAAUCGGCUUCUCAGGGAACUCCGGUUAACUUGAGCGAGAAGUUUACUUCUUUAACUGUAAGAGUGACAUGCAAGGCAACAUUUGGUGUGAACUUCCAAGGAACUGUGCUCAACAGUGACAGAUUCGAGAAACUAAUCCAUGAUACAUAUUUGUUUUUGGGGAGCUUUUCUGCCUCAGAUUAUUUUCCAAAUGGCGGCUGGAUCAUCGACUGGCUCACAGGGCUACAUGGGCAGAGAGAGAGAAGCGUGAGAGCUCUUGAUGCAUUCUAUGAACAAAUGUUUGAUCUACAUAAACAGGGAAACAAAGAAGGUGUUGAAGAUUUCGUGGACUUGCUCUUGAGGUUGGAGAAAGAAGAAACUGUUAUUGGAUAUGGCAAGCUAACAAGAAACCAUAUCAAAGCAAUCUUGAUGAACGUCCUUAUUGGGGGCAUAGGCACUUCUGCAAUAACAAUGACAUGGGCAAUGACAGAACUUAUGAGAAACCCGCGAGUUAUGAAGAAGGUGCAAUCUGAAAUCAGAAACCAAAUUGGGAAAAAGUCAAUGAUCACCUUGGAUGAUAUAGAUCAGCUCCAUUACCUGAAAAUGGUGAUCAAUGAAACAUGGAGGCUACAUCCUCCAUCACCCUUUCUGAUUCCAAGACAAGUAAUGUCUGAAUUUGAGCUCAAUGACUACGUGAUUCCAGUUAAGACACGGCUUUAUGUGAAUGUCUGGGCUAUCGGGCGUGAUCCCGAUACAUGGAAAGACCCGGAGGAGUUUCUUCCAGAAAGGUUUGUUAAUAGUAGCAUUGAUGCGAAAGGACAACACUUUGAGCUGUUACCGUUUGGAAGUGGUCGAAGAAUGUGUCCUGCCAUGUACAUGGGGACAACAAUGGUGGAGUUUGGUCUUGCCAAUAUGUUGUAUCACUUUGACUGGAAAAUACCAGUAGGCAUGGUGGCCGAAGAUAUCGACUUGGAAGAAUCUCCUGGACUUAAUGCUAGCAAGAAAAAUGAGCUUGUACUUGUUCCUCUGAAGUAUUUAGAUCACUAAUCACUUAAACUUUGUUUUUUCUUGAGAUUACAAAAUAAAGUGUAUACAAAUAAAUCUUGUCAUU